UUCUGGCAACAACAGCGCAUUGAUUUUCCCCCACAACAAUAAGAGGGAGACGAAUACAACAAUUAAAAACCGUCUCAGAAACUCACAUAAACAUCAGUAAAUCACGGGAUUUGAAAAAAAAUUAAUAAUACCGUCGUCAGUCAUGCUGUCGGAUGCAGACUAUUCUGGGAAUGGCUCUGGUGCUCGGCGAGCCAAGAAGAGGAGCUCCGGGGAGUCACCGGGGGACGGCCAGACCCUGCGCUCCUCUGGAAGGCAGAUCAAUGUCCGGGUGAAGCGUACCAACAACCCUCCACCUGGACAGAGCAAGAGAAAAGCCACAGACACAGAGGAGGAGGACGACCAGUCCGAGAAGAAGUACAGAAAGUGUGAGAAGGCUGGAUGCUCUGCCACAUACCCAGUUUGUUUUGCAAGUGCAUCUGAAAGGUGUGCUAAAAAUGGAUACACAUCUCGGUGGUAUCAUCUGUCAUGUGGUGAGCAUUUUUGCAACGAAUGUUUUGAUCACUACUACAGAAGCCACAAAGAUGGCUAUGAGACCUUUGCUUCGUGGAAGAAGGUGUGGACUAGUAAUGGGAAAAGUGAGCCCAGUCUGAAAGCUUUCAUGGCAGAUCAGCAGCUACCAUUCUGGGUUCAAUGCACUAAACCGGACUGUAGGAAGUGGCGUCAGCUGACUAAAGAGAUCCAACUCACUGCUUCCCUAGCAGCAACAUAUCGCUGUGGAAUGAAGUUCAACAACAUCAAGAGUGAAGGACCGGACCAGUGCUCCCAACCAGAGGACUUGAGAGUGGCCGAGGUGACUGACAGCUGGUGGCAUUCAAUGUUGAUUUUGCCGCCGUUGUUCAAAGACAGUCCAGCCAGUCCUUUCCUUGCUGCCUACUACCCUGACUGUGUGGGGAUGAGUCCAUCCGGCUCUACCAGCAACAUGUCUCUGUCUGAGCUGAGGGCAGAUCACUGCAGAGCCAUCCAGCCGCAAAUUCCAGGCCUGUGUCCAUACUUCCAGCCCUUCUACCAGCCUAAUGAGUGUGGCAAGGCUCUGUGCGUGCGGCCGGAUAUGAUGGAGCUGGAUGAGCUUUACGAGUUUCCAGAAUUUUCCCGCGAUCCCACCAUGUAUUUGGCUUUGCGUAACCUUAUUCUGGCCUCCUGGCACAAGAAUUGCAAGGAGGUGCUGACCUCCCAGAAAUGUGCUCUGCACAUCAUUGUCCGGGGGUUGGUGCGUGUGCGCUGCGUGCAGGAGAUGGACCGGGUGCUCCACUUCAUGACCAGAAAGGGCCUCAUCAACACUGGUGUGCUGGCAGUGAAACAGCCUCUGCUCCCUGAAAGAUACUGCUCCAGGAACGUUAUCAUCAUUGGUGCUGGGGCUUCAGGUCUGGCUGCUGCACGGCAGCUGCAAAACUUUGGCACCCAGGUGAUGGUGCUUGAGGCAAGGGAGAGAAUUGGAGGUCGUGUGUGGGAUGAUACUUCUCUGGGCGUCACUGUAGGGCGAGGAGCUCAGAUUGUCAAUGGCUGUGUAAACAACCCCAUCGCCCUGAUGUGUGAACAGAUGGGCAUCAAGAUGCACAAGCUGGGAGAGCGGUGCGACCUCUUUCAGGAGGGGGGGCAGGUUACUGACCCGGCCAUCGACAAGCGCAUGGACUUCCACUUCAACGCCAUCCUAGACGUGGUGUCAGAAUGGAGGAAGGACAAGUCCCAGAACCAGGACACACCGCUGAGAGAAAAAGUCCAGGAGGUGAAGAAGAACUUUCUUCAGGAGUCUGGAAUCCAGUUCAGUGAGUUGGAGGAGAAAGUGCUUCAGUUUCAUCUCAGCAACCUGGAGUACGCCUGUGGAAGCACAUUAGACCAGGUAUCGGCAAGAUCCUGGGACCAUAAUGAGUUUUUUGCCCAGUUCUCAGGAGACCACACUUUACUCACCAAGGGCUACUCUGCGUUACUCCACAAACUGGGCGAGGGCCUCGACAUCCGCACAAAGUGCCCGGUUCAGGCCAUUGAUUACUCAGGUGAUGUUGUCAAAGUUACCUCCACCAGUGGGUCCCAGUGGACCGCACAGAAGGUUCUUGUUACAGUCCCACUGACUUUACUUCAGAAGAACUUGAUUCAGUUCAACCCUCCACUUCCUGAAAGGAAACUGAAAGCAAUCCACAGUCUGGGAGCCGGUAUCAUAGAAAAGAUCGCUCUUCAGUUCCCGUACAGAUUCUGGGACAAAAAAAUCCAAGGGGCAGACUACUUUGGUCACAUACCACCAGGUCCUGACAAGAGAGGCAUGUUCAGUGUCUUCUAUGACAUGGAGCCACAGGGGAAGCAGGCUGUCCUCAUGUCUGUUAUCACUGGUGAUGCUGUACCUGCUGUCCGGGACAUGGAGGACAAGGAGGUGGUAGAUGAGUGCAUGAAGGUCCUGCGUGAACUUUUCAAAGAACAGGAGGUCCCAGAGCCACUGCAUUUCUUUGUCACACAUUGGAGCAAAGACAUGUGGACCCAGAUGUCCUACAGCUUUGUGAAGACAGGGGGAAGUGGAGAGGCCUAUGACAUCCUCGCUGAAGACGUGCAGGGAAAAGUGUUCUUUGCUGGCGAGGCCACCAACAGACAUUUCCCUCAAACUGUGACAGGAGCCUACCUGAGUGGGGUCAGGGAGGCCAGCAAGAUGGCUGCUAUGUAAACUCUGUCAGUCCCAGAUCACUCAAAAACACCAGCAUGGAAACACGGGUUGCACUGAGCAACAGACCGUUAAACAACUCGGACUGCGUUAAUUGAAUUGCUUCACUUGAAAUGAUAUUUCACCGUACUGUGAUGUGUCUGAUCAGCAAGAUGCCGUUAGUCACUUUCCAAUAGCGGGUUCAAGUAGGGCUUUCCAGGGCCUGACUCUACAUAUUUAACAGAAAAGAAGUUGAAAUGUUUAUUUAUAUCAAAAAUCCAGCUGGCAAAUUGUUUGUUGCCGAACAAGAUGCAAAAAAAUGAAUAUGAAGGCAUGAAUAAUGGGAAAUCCCUGUGCUCUGCCUGGGUCCGCUGUUCUGGAAAGCAGGAUGACGUUAUCUUAAAUUUGAGUUUAAUGAGUGGUGUACGUAGCACUUCUGUGAUGAAAUGGUCAGAAAAUUACAUUUUUGAGAGAUUAGGGUGCAUGAAACAUUGGCAAACUCUCAGUCAUGCAAUCAUGAAUUCAACUGAAUAACAUUUCACCUCCAAGGAUCAAGUUUCAAAAGAUCAUACUGUCGUGAUAUCUAAAAACGGUUUUCUUUGAGAGUUACCUACCAAUGUUUCAUACAGCUGUAAGGAAUUUGCAUUGUAUUACAUGUGAUUCAUGUGUCGGUACAAAUGGUGACGAGAAAUGGAUUAAAGUUUAGAAAUAUAGUGAGUAAUUCUGUUAUAGCACUUUUGAUUUAAAAAGAAAUUAAUAGUUCAUGUGUAUGACAAGUUGAAUUCUCCGUAGGACUGAGUAUGACACCAGAUUGUCCCCUUACUGUCUCAGGGAUGUGAUCAAGACACCUAGCAGAACAUCAUAGAAGAAAAUACUGAUUGAACAAUUCUGAAGAUGAUUGGGGGGAAAAAAUAACACAACCAACCAAAGGAGGAAAACAAACUCUCCAUAUUUCUCUUGUAUUAAUUCCUGAACUAUUAAGUUCCUGAGGUUUGGAGUUGGAGAACAGCACAACAAUGUCCUCACUUUGUUUGAUUUAACGUUGACUAAUGAAGCUUUACAUGUAGGUCCUCAUAUCCCUGUCUGGAUCAAUACAUCUAGGUGAUCAUGUCCUGUUUGUCCAACAUCACAGUGCUUGAAUAUUUAUCUUGUAUGUGUGUGUAAUAAACUGAGCUAUCAACUGCCA